CGCAUCUCACAUGAAGAAGAAGAAGUAAAUCAAGCCUUUCCAGUCUGGCCUGAAUGUGUCUCCAAAUGAAUCUAAAAUGUGAAGUUAUUCAGUUUCAGCACGGUGUCUAACUUUGACCGUCGUUAGUUGCAUGCCAUGGCGGAAUAUCCGUUCCGACUGGACCAAAAUAUCUCGACCGAAACAGACUGUCACCGUUUAAGGUGUUCGUUUUGUUAUUGGAGUUAGCAUUAGCCUUGCCUAAAUUAGCUAAGGGUGCUGUUAUUUUAUACUACAGCGUAACUGAUUCAUCGCUGCAGGGCAGAAAGCCGCAAAAACAAGGUAAUUCCAUUGCAAGUUGCACCAUUCCGUAAUAACCAGGCUAAUAUUUGGAUAUUAUUCUAUUAAUUAUCGCAGUCCUUUGUAGUUCUUAUAUAUAUAAAAAAGUAAUUAACUGUUGUGCGAGUUUUAGGGAUAUAAAUCUCAGGCAAAAUGUCCCGUGUAUCAACGGUUAAGGUUAGCUAACAGACUCGGAGUUGUCCCAAUACUAGCUGUUUUGAGAUGUAGCAGCAGGCAGCCAGUGAGCUGACCCUGGUUCAGCACAGCCCGUCUGUCAGAAGGCAAAAGGGAAAUCAUGUCCUGCAAAGCCGCAUCCAAGGACAAGAAGUCGAGCUUCAGCAAGAAGCUGUUCAGGCGAGGCUCUGUGCGCUCCGUGGGCAGCUUUAUGAGCAAAGUCCUCCGGACUCUGACAGCCUUAUCACACUUUGGAUCUGAAGUACAAACCGAUGAUGACAAGGAUGAUGGAGGAUUCUCCGCGUUCAAAUCUGGGAGUAAAGAUGUUCCCAUGGAGGAUGGGGACUUUGGUGGGUUCCUGUCCGGAGAGCGAGUUCCCGGAGUGUCAGGUCUGAAGAACCAUGGUAAUACCUGCUUCAUGAAUGCAAUCCUGCAGUGCCUGAGUAACACGGAACUCUUCGCCGAGUACCUCGUUUUGGAGCACUACAAAGGCGAGGAGUUAGAGGAGGAUAAGCCCAAAACAAACGGCGUCCAUCUGCAGAAGAAAGGUCCUCUAGGCAAAGGAGAAGUGACUGAGCAGCUGUCCGGACUUGUGCGGGCUUUGUGGACGUUUGAGUACACCCCUCAGCAUAGCAGGGACUUCAAGAAUGCUGUGUCAAAAAAUGCCACACAGUUUAAAGGGAACGCUCAGCACGAUGCUCAAGAGUUUCUGCUGUGGUUGCUGGACAGAGUACAUGAGGAUCUCAACACCGUCAACCCAAACACAAGGCCUGCUAUUAAGCCUCCCAUUGAAGAAGAUGACCAGAGCAUAGAGGGGCCCUCUCCCCCUCUCUCUGCUGGGUCGUUUGUGCAGGAGCUGUUCCAGGCUCAGUACAGGUCUUCUCUUACUUGCCCGCAUUGCCAAAAGCAAAGCAACACCUUUGACCCCUUCCUCUGCAUCUCCUUACCAAUCCCUCUGCCACACACACGGCCCUUGUAUGUGACUGUGGUCUACCAGGGGAAGUACUCUCACUGCAUAAGGAUUGGAGUUGCUGUUCCUCUCAAAAGUACUGUCUAUCGCCUCAGAGACGCUGUGUCACGUGAAACCAAGAUCCCAAUGGACCAGUUUGUUUUGACUGAAAUGUAUUACGAUGGCUUCCAUCGCUCAUUUUGCGAUGAUGACGAUGAUCUUGACAUCAUCCAAGAGAGCGAUUCCAUCUUUGCCUUUGAGACACCAGAGACCUUCAAAUUAGAAAACCUACGCACAAAAAGAGGAAGCCUUCUGGCAAAUCUAAAUCAUAACAAUUUAAAGUACACGACAGAAAUCAGCAGGACUCCAUCCUUCAUGCAGGGGGCAGUGACUCCGGUCACUGGAUCUCCAAAUAAAAACGUAGGGCCAGAAAAGAUUAUUCUCCUGGUGUGUAACAGAGCGUGCACUGGCCACCAGGCAAAAAGAUUUGGCCUGCCUUUUGUACUGUACAUGGAGCGCACUGUGACUUGGGAUGCUCUACAAAAAGAGAUCCUGGAGAAAAUGCGACAUCUUUUGAGGCCUGGGGUCUACAUUCAGGUUGGACCUUUCAGUCUUCGAGUGGUUGGCGUUGUUGGUAUUACCUACCUCCUUCCUCAAGAUGAGAGACCACUGUGUCACCCAACGGUUGAAAGAGCAUACAAGUCCUGUGGACAGGGGGGACCUCCACAUGUGAAGAUUGUGGUUGAGUGGGACAAGGAAACCAAGGACUAUCUGUUUGGCCACACUGAGGAGGAGUAUAUUCCAGAUGCUGAGAGCGUCUAUCUGCACAGGCAGCAGCAUCAUCAGCCCCAGGCCUGCACCCUUGCUCAGUGCUUUCAGCUCUACACUAAAGAGGAGCAGCUGGCUCCAGACGAUGCCUGGCGCUGUCCCCACUGCAAGCAGCUGCAGCAGGGCCGGAUAAAGCUCAGCUUGUGGACGCUGCCGGAUGUGCUUAUACUGCAUCUCAAGAGAUUUCGACAGGAAGGAGACCGGAGGGUGAAAAUGCAGAACAUGGUGAGGUUCCCACUGAUGGGGAUGGACAUGGCACCACAUGUGGUAAAGAGAAGCCAGAGCAGCUGGAGUUUACCAUCUCACUGGUCGCCAUGGAGACGGUCAUACGGCCUUGGAAGGAACCCUGAUGACUACCUUUAUGACCUGUAUGCUGUUUGCAACCAUCAUGGCAAUAUGCAUGGAGGACACUACACUGCUUACUGCAAAAACUCUGUUGAUGGUCAGUGGUACUGCUUUGAUGACAGUGAGGUGACACCAAUUUCUGAUGAUGCUGUGUGUCAGCAAACGGCCUACAUAUUGUUUUAUCAGCGAAGAACCGCAAUUCCCUCUUGGUCUGCCAACAGCUCUGUUGCUGGCUCCACUAGCUCAUCACUGUGCGACCACUGGAUCAAUAGGUUACCUGGAAGCAGGCCUGCCAGUUUGGCGUCUGGAGCUUCAUCUAGACGUACCUCGCUUGCUUCACUGGCUGAGUCAGUGGAGUUUCCUGCAGAACGUAAUGAGGAUGAUGGAGGAUUUUCUGUCCGCCCAUUUGUGAGAAGCAUCCAGCGACAGAGCUUGUCCUCAAGGUCAUCUAUUGCCAGCCCUCUGGCCUUCAGUGACAGUGGAAUGAAGCCGUCUUGGUCUCUCUCUGCCAAACUCCAAAUGAGAUCCAACUCACCCUCACGCUUCUCCUUAGACUCUCGGUGUUCUCCUCCUCUGGAGAGGAUAGGAGAGGCAGGCGACGAUAAGGUAUCCACGUCCUGUUUUGGCAGCUACAGUCGACAUGAACGGUACUUUGGCAGCAGGACUCCGUUGUCAAUGAUGGAAAGCAACUUCGGUGAAGACAACAAUAAAAGGUUCCUAGACAUGAUGUACUGCAGGGCUCCCACCCCAGUGGAAAAGAAGAGCAACAAAAACGACACAACUGAAAACAACAAUGAGAUCACAGCUAUAGACCAAAACAUACAACCCACUCAAGCAACCCCCUCCAAAGAGCAAAAAAGAAAAAGUAGCAUUGGAGGAUUUACCCUGAAGUCUGAAAGCACAGGCUCCAUCAAGAGCUCCAGCAAAACAGAGUUGGAGAAGACCUCCAAAAAACGUCUUUGCUCGAUUAAUAAGAACCCAGCCUCCGACGCGUCUUCCAGUUCACCGGCAAAAGGCAAGAAGCUGAGCAGCACGAAGGAGAAGACUGUAAACACGAAGAAAAGCACCUUGACACCCAGUGGAACGCCCUCUAAAACAAAGGAAUCAAAUAAAACUCCCGAGGCGACUCCACAACGUAAACCUUCCCUCUGCUCCACACCUCAGUCUUCAGCUUCUCCCUCUCCAAAUGCGAAGAAGAACUCAAGCAUUACUGAGAAGGGCUCAACGAGCUGCCGGAAACGACUGAUGGAAAGGAGUUACAGCAGAGAUUCUAUGCACACCAGCCCCCUCGUUGACAGCCAUCGGAGCAGCUGUGUGUCCCGUAGUUCAAUUCCCAAGAGUGGGGACAGUAGUCGGCUUGAGAGGAGGUCUGUAAGGAGUUCCAGCAGCAGUUCUUCAGUCACUAGCCUGCGCUCACCAAGUGUAUCCACCAGAGACCUGCAGCGGAGUAGCAAAUCAGAGGAGAAAGGCUUGUCUUUCUUCAAGAGUGCCCUCCGACAGAGAGAAAGUCGCCGGUCGGCCGAUUUAGGAAAAAGUGCAUUGCUUACCAAAAAGGCUUCAGAGAGGACAUGCAAGCAGAACGGACAAGCUAAGGAGAUAGACUGUGAUGAUCAAAAGACUGGAGAAGCAGGGUCCUCGAAAACGUCUAAAGAAACUCUGGGAGGCGAGUCAAACUCAGACAAGCAGGAGUCUUCCAAGCCCCCCAGCUCUCUUAGUCGUACUCUACUAGGAAAGUCCAAGUCUUCCUCGUCCGAUGUAAGUAGCAAGUCUCGUACAGAUGGGAAGAAACCUCUAGAAAAGAUGGCAUCUUCUCGUAAGCUGUCAUCAAGCAUGCAAUCUCCUGCACGAACAACACAGAGGCCUCAGUGAUACAUCGGUAGUAGUAAUAAGAAAUAGAACAAUAUUUACAUUGUGCCUGGGUUUCAGUUAGCAUCAGCUGUAUUUGAGACACACUUUUUGGUGUUAUGGUUUUGUACAUCAGCCCUAAAGUCUUUGGCUUUGAAAUUUCCCUGUUUAAGAUAUUUAUUUUUUGUUUUUUAUUAAAGUAAAAGCAUUCUAUCAUCUGCAUAUAAGAGUUCAUGGCACCUGCCCGACAUGCUAACAGUAUUUUUCCAGCCUUUGAUGCUUAUGUUUUGAAUGUCUUCUGUAAAUAUUCAAAAGCCAGUGGCAAAGAAAACAAAACCAUGACAUCAAAACUAGCCUCUGGUACUAGUUCUCAGUUAUUUCAUAGUUCAGAAAACACGUUUUAAGAGUUUUAUUCUGAUAUAAUUCUUUAAAAAUGUUAUUUUUUGUGAAUUGCUCUGAGCCUUUUCUCAUCUCUCUUCAUGCUGUCUACACAUUUAUUAAUAUAAAUCCAAAGUUUUUAAAUUGAAAGCAAUGGAGGAAAAUGCAUGCCAUAUUUUCUUCUAAAGAUUCACUAACAUUCUUGAAAGCUUUUGACAUUGAUGCAUAGGAGCAACAACAAAUGAGUCUUUAUUUUGAAUAUUAAAAAGAUUAAAGUGAAUGAUGGCUCUAGACCAAAACCGGAAAUAUUCAAAAUUACUCUAUAGAAAGAGGUUUUGCAAAAUUUUGAAACUUUAGUUGUUUUUAUAGAGUACUGUUUUGAUAAAAGUUUUUUUUAAGUAAGAAUGUAUUUAGGUUCUUAUGUAAAACUAAAAAAAUUGGAUGUUUUGAAAGGAAAACCCUUUAAAAUUAAAGUCUAUAAAUAUAUAUUGAUGUAUCUAUAAAACUGUAGACAGAACAUAAAUUGUAUAUGUUUUCCCCCUCUAUGAGCAAAAUAACAAAUGAUCUUAAGCGCCUUUUAAUGCUGCACAUGGAACAAAAUAUUGCCUUUUGGCAAAAUAGUCUUUUACUGUAAGUGUCACCUAUAGGAAUGUUGUUCAAUAGCACUUUGUAUAGAUAAAAACAUAGGAAAAUUAUUAUAUAAUAGUUGGUUAAAUAUUAUAGGGUGUAUUGUAAAGUAGAGUAAGCAGCCUUAGACUAAAAUGGUAAAAGGGUACAUUCAUCUCAAUGUUGCAGCGGUCAACCUAACAUACAAAAUAUUUCAUUUAAUACACCUGGUGCUGUAACAGACCACUGCUUCAGUAGCACUGACAGGUUUUCUUCUUUUAAAUAAUGAACUGUAGAACUGUAACCACAAUUUUAACAAGUUACAGAGCUGUUGGCAUUUGUAUCAUAACCCUUGGUACCUCAUUCUAGAUAUUAUCUUUAUCAACAUUUUGUCUUCUAAAGCCUGAAUCACAUUAUUGGUAAUGAGCCAUUUACUUAGCUAAAUUUUAAGUUUUACUUUAAAAAAACAACAACCAUGAAACAAAGCAAUGUGUAAGUCCGGCACUUGUCGUCAGGCUUGCCGGGUUUAUUUUUGAUUGUAACUGUAGCUUGGUCAUUGUAAAACUGUGCCACCUCUACUGGCAAUACUCACAUCACAUACCAGCAGAGACUUAGUUUUCAAAUAUUUAAGUGUCUGUAAAGGAUCAGAAUUUAAAUAUCAAAUAUUUUUAUUUUUAUUUUAGAUAUGCAGAAGUCUGAUUCCGUAGCAUUUGUCAAGUUUACAAUGGUUCUUGGGUUGUUUGAGAAAAUGCCACCUUAUUAAACCUGACUGCCUUAUUUAAAUGGUCGGUGUGGAAUGUGUCUGUCAAAAUGCGACAUACUUGGCUAUAUCAGUCUAUUGAAAGUCUCUCUAACUCUGAAUCGGGAUUUGUCAAUCUUAAGAAGAACUGUUGAGUGAUACACCAAGAUCAGGUUAGAAAGUGUAUAUAUCUGCAUCUAAACUGGCAAAUAAAAUGAUUGAAUCAAAUACAUUGUUCACAUGAUAGACAGAAUUUAUCAGUAAAAAUGUUUCAUAAAACAAAGGAAAUAGGCUUGAAUCUAACAACUAGACACACCUUUAAUGGUCACUUUGUGACCAUUAAAACACAACAAACACAUUUUUAACUGUUUUACUUCCUGUAGGUACGUUUCUUUAACGCGUUUCUCCAAUACUAAAAGUACAGUCAUACAUUUGGAUAUGACAUCAUCCUCGGUUGAUGCCUAUUAAAAUAGCUCAUUUCUGUCACAGACCAUAAAAAUAAAAGGCAGCAUGUUUAGAUAAUGUGGUGUUGCUGUAGCUGCUCAAUUUAUCUAGUCUAUCAGGAACAUGUGCAUGGCACUCGAAUCAAAGGAGACACAUUUUUUUUAUUCAUUUUGCUUUGUCUUUCUGUAAAGUCUGUAACUGUUGGUAUACAUUUCAGAAAUGGCUCAUUCCAUCCUUGAUGUUUGUGUUUCCAGCCAUGUCCAAGUUUGUGUAGCCAUAAAGCGGAGGGAUUGAUGCCCUUUUACUUACAAAGCUUUUUUAUAUUUUCUAUUAGGGUUGGAUGUUGCUGUUAGACAAUCUGAUUAAAAAAAAACAACAUAAAAUGUUAAUUCUUUAUUAAGAAUAUGUAAAUAUAAAUCAUUCCUUUUGGGCACAUCAUCUUCCUAAAACAUUGUAGAGUUUUUGGGACCAUAUAACGACAGGUGGUAUGUUCUACUGUUUUUAUCACCACUACAUUUCUGACAGUUUCUUUAAACAUGCAAAAUACUUAGAGCUCUGACUGGUUAGGACUUAUAGUUUAGUAUUAAACAUCAGGCAACUAACUCUUUGGAAAUUGGGCAGGUUUUCAGCUGAGAUAUGAACAGAAAAUGGAUGGAUGGAUGGAAUGUUACUGAAAUAUUAAAAAAAAUUCUGUAAUUCAGUUUAAAAAGAACCGUUAAUUCUAAUGACUGAGGCUUACAGCUAAUAAAGUCAAAAUUCUGUUUUGACUUUAUUAGAUACUGCACUCUAUUGCUGCAAUCUGAGACCUUAAUUUUCUAAUUUUGUGGUUACAGAUGUGUGCGAUGACUAUUUAUGCUUCAGUGCUAGGUGCAUGCCACAUUGUGAUUCUUCUCACAACAAAUCAGUGACCUUUUGAUUCACAGUCCUCUCAAAAUUACCGUUACCUUUCUUGAUUCUGCCAUAUUUACUACCAAACUUUUUUCUUCCACUCCACUUUCUUUUGGUAUGAGAUAAAACACUGUGUGAACAGGCAGCUUCCUUAACACCUGGAAGGAAGGACUUUUUGUGGCUGAUACAUGAAAUAGAAAUGGACAACGGCUGAUGUAAAGCUGUAGUAAAAACUCAUUUUAAUGGUCCUGUGUGAUAUUUAUAUUUUUUGAGAAACUGAAUUUAUGGUUUCUGUAAUCCAGAAUCACCUAGGUAACAAAAAUAAACACCUGAAAUACAGUAUAUCACUCAGUGGGUAGUUUAUAUAUUUGAGUUGAAUGGCUGAAAUAACGUUUAAAUUUUUAAAUUUAUGUAUCCAACCUCUUCCAAAUGUUCAAGAGAGAUAAAAGUUGUACUAAAACAAACAAAUACAAUUUGGGAUUUAAUUGUAAUAUUUUAAUAUCCAGAUGCUGAAUUAUGUGAGAUAAAAAGUAUGAAAAUGUGCACAAAGAAUUAACCAAUUCUCAUUCCAGUUGAAAACAUUAUAGCUGAAUCAUAAUCUUCACCCGAAUCUUCUUUGUCUACCCUUCUGCACUGCAGUGCAUGUCUUUUUUCCUUUUUCUUUGCUGUUUCCUGUAAACUUGUCAUUGUACAGACUAGAAUGAUUAAUGAAUGCAGUAUUGCAUGAAAACACUAAUGCAUGUAUUUUAAAUCAACUAUGCAAGAGUCUGCAGCUGUGUAACAUAGAUUGCAAUGCAUGGCUGGUAUAUCCCAUUGCUUUAUUUGCACACCUUUACGAUGUUUCAGAAUAACACAACACAGAAUAUUUUAUUUUGCUGUAAAGAGUUUCGAGUCAUCUAAUUUCUUCCAUGUUGACUUUCUCUAAUCUUUAUGGGUGCUCCCACUAGUUUGGUGGGGUUUUUUGUCAUUGUUGUUUCACAUUUAUUGUUGUACACCAGCAGAGAUACUAUGGAUGUGAAAAUCUAUAUGUAGUUACUAUGUCUACUCAUUAUCUAUGACUGUAUAUUGUGAAAGCCUUUCAUUAGUUUACUUCAGUGGGGGGAAAAAAGUGUGGGAACCCCUGUUGCUAUUUUCUCAGCUGCAUCCAAGGUGUGGUCAGUCUUUAAUAGAUAUAAUAAAAAAUAGAAACGUAGCUACAUGCAAUAAAUAGAGAUAGUAAAUUUAGUUUUGUAAUACAGUACAUUAAUAUGACAUUAUUAUUUUUUUUGUUUCAUAUUUAUCAGACAGUCAUUUCAGUCAUGCUGAUUUUAUUUUUUAUUAUUAAUUAAAAUUUUUAAAAAGGCAGUUUUACAGAUGACUCUUUUUUUUUCAUGACUUGUGAACUUUUGUUAAUUGAAUAUUUAGCCAGCCACGCUGCAGGAGCAAACAUCUCCCUCUAUCAAGAUAAAAUGGCAUGUUACAUAUUCAGAUAUGCAUUUUGCUGCUAAACUAAAGCCGCAUUGAACCUUGAAACUAAAGUAGCUGCAUUUUAAAUUUGAGUUACACACUUCAUUUCUGCAGGUUCUGUGGCGCUUCAAAUAUAUUCCCUCAAGUAGAGCUUUGAGGUUUAAAAGGCUUGUAGUGCUUUAAAAUUGAUUUUUGUGGCAUUUUUCAAAUGUAAGCACUACAAAUGUACUAAAACAGUUCGCUAGCCUUAAGCAGUCACAUGUAAUGGUUAUGUAUCUUUGGAUGAUGCAGAAUUUAGAAAGCUGUGUAAUAAAAUGUCUUGAGUGUCAUUUUUUUUUGUUAAGCUAGGAAAUCAUUCUGCAUACACAGAAUGUUUUUUUUUUACAUUUUUAUAUAAUCCUCAAGCUGUUUUGUCAAAUUAAAUAUGUUACAAAUGUUUACUUUUUAAGUUUGAGAAUAGUUUACUCCUUUUUAUCAGAUCGACAGCUGCAUUUUCUGAUUCUUGUAAUACAUUAUUCCACAGUAUGCCUGUGCAUUUUUUUUGUUAAACUGUUUGGUCAUUUAGCUGUUUUGAGCUCAGUUUUUUAAUUUAAUUUAUUUUUUAAUUUUGUUUUUUCUAUCAUGAGCACUUUUAUAUUUGUUUGAUCCAAAUGGACAAGUGUGUACAUACCUCCAUGCAAGUACAAAAUUAAAC